AUGCUAUCUCAACAACCAGCCGAGGUUCUCGAGUGCAUCGUCGAUGAAUUAGAUGGCCGUGAGGACCUACUGGCUCUGGCUCUAGCGUGCUCCCGACUUCACAAUCUAAUAAUCCCGGAGCACCUUUCAUACCGUCGAGUAGUGGUGUCGGUUUACUUCCAGCCAUUCUUCGACCUCAUCCUGUCCCGUGCAGACCUCGCCCGUAGAGUGCGCGAACUGACGAUCGUCAACACCACGUCGAACCUAGUCGUACCACGAGGACACGCGUUUCGCCGGCAGUUCGACGAAACGAGUCUACUCUCCGAAGACGACGAGCCGGAUGCUGCCGCUGCUACCGAUGUGGGACCACGCCAUCCUCUCGAUCUGCCUGCAUUGAUCGAGGACGCCUUGAGGCACCUCGUACGUCUGCGCCGGCUUGGAUUCUGCGGGAAAAUCGAACAGCUGCCGUUUGAUCGCAUCCUCGCCUUCCACCAUGAGCAGUUGGAGGGCCUUGCUUUAGAUAGUAAAGAGGGCUCUGAUGGCAUGACUGAGGGCACAAGUCGGCCGUAUGGCGCUCCGCCAUGGCAUCUGUGGAAGUUGUCUGGACUCAGAUCACUAGAUCUUGACAUCAGAUUAGGGCACACAUACUGGAAUCCGUUUUGCGAUCUGCUCGGUCGUUCGCCUAUGCUGGAGAGCCUCGUCAUGCCAUGGUUCGACCCUGGACCAAUAACCUACGCCAGUUACGCUUCACUGCCACCAUUAUCAUACCUGAAACGAAUCACCGUGCGGGAGGCCAAUCUUGCUUUGGAUGGGGACGCCCUAUUAUCACACCGCAUUUAUACGUUCCUGAAUGACCACCCCUCCCUGCAGGAGGUGGUCUGGAAAGGAAGAGCUGGAUAUCCAACGCGGAUGCCUCGUCUUCCGGAGGCUAAGCGCAUGCUUAAUAUCAAUCAGGCUCAUAUGCUUGAGCUCUUGCGCCUGCACAAGAGCAACGAAUACGUCGUCUUUGAUCUCGACAUGGUCAUCAUCACGAACAUCAAACUCGCUCCGCGCUGGUCCUGGCUCGACCUCUCAUCAAUCUUCCCACCUUCGUUGAGAGCAUUAUACAUCGUAGAGCUCCAAGACGACAUCGAGAGCAACGGGAUGCUGGAUGCGUUGGCUCAGUCCUUUGAGAACCUCGAAGAGCUGCACUUGCCAGAACACGGCUCGCACUACGUGACGAAGCGCUUUAAGCCCCUCCAUACAUACCCGCCCACCAAGUUUGCUACGCGACUGGAGAUCAUCGACGAAGGAGUCAGGCGACCGAAAGUCGGCGAACUUGUCGGACGCUUUGUCAACCUCAGGUCUAUUAGCGGAGUCGACGCUGGUUUGGACGCUCAGACGCUCAUCAUGGUCGAUUACAAGAACUCUAACAGUCUUCCGAUGGACAUCGACGUCAAGACUUUCCUGCAGAUGUCCCGCGCGCUCACAGCUCUGCGCACCCAGUUCCCCAAGCUUCGACACGUCAAUGGCUGGUGUCUCGACACGGACCUCGCGCAUUCUGUCGUCCUGACUUUCGCAGCCGCCGACGGGCUGAUGCGGGAAAGCAGUACGCGAGUGGUCCUCACACGCGAAAGCAUCCGCAUUCACUACGCAGGAACGGUUGCAGACUCUCAACCCGUUCCUUUGCAGUACAAACGUCCAAACCCCAUCCUUCGCGGCGAGCUUUAG